AUGGCACCGCCACCCGAAAUCGCCAUCCCAUCGACGAGCGUCUCCGACGAGGGCUCGUCCAAACCCUACACGCUCUACAACAUCACCCUCCGCCUGCCGCUCCGCUCCUACAUCGUGCAGAAGCGCUACUCGGACUUUGCGAGCCUCCACGCCGCCCUCGUCGAGCACGUCGGCGCCCCGCCGCCGCACCCGCUCCCCGGCAAGCACUGGCUCAAGUCGACCGUGUCGUCGCCGGCGCUGGCACGGGAGCGCCAGCUCGGCCUCGAGAAAUACCUGCGCACCAUCGCGGAGACGCCCGACCGUCGAUGGCGCGACACGUCGGCGUGGCGGUCCUUCCUCAACCUGCCCAGCGUGGGCAGCACCACGAGCUCCGCCGUCUCCGCGGCGGGCAUGGUGGGCAACGCGGCGGCGGGCGCGGCCGACCCCGGCACGUGGCUGGACAUGCACCGGGAGCUCAAGGUCUGCCUGCACGAGGCGAGGCAGUGCCUGUCGCGGCGGGACGGGGCCGCCGAGGGGAGCAACAGCACGGCCGUGGCCGAGGCGGGCGCCGCGGCGAAGAAGGCGCUCGUCAAGGCGGGCAGCCUGACGGCGACGCUGACGGACGGGCUGAGGAAGAUUCAGGAGUCGGCACGACUGGGCGACGGGGAGCUGCGGAGGAGGCGGGACCUCGUCUCCGCGGCGCGCAUGGAGCGCGACGUGCUCGAGAAGCUCUCCAACAACAUGCCCUCGUCGGCAUCCCACGGCGGCAGCGGCAUCGGCAUCGGCAUCGGCACCGCGCAGGGCCCGCCGUCGGCGUCGGAAAAGGCCACGCUGCUGCGCGGCGGCAAGCCCGCGGGCGGGCGGGUGCUCGGGGCGCCCCUGCCGGAGACGGAACGGACUAGGGAGCUGGACAACGCGGGGGUGCUCCUGCUGCAGAAGCAGGAGAUGGCGGCGCAGGACGAGCAGCUGGAGCAGCUCACGGCCAUCAUCCGGCGGCAGCGCGAGAUGGGCCUUCAGAUCAACGAGGAGGUGGAGGCGCAGAGCGAGAUGCUGGACCGGAUGGAGCAGGACGCGACGCGCCUGCAGGGCAAGGUGGACGUGGCGAACAACCGCAUCCGCAAGAUGUGA